GUGGCAGGUGUGUCUUAGCGGCCAGUGAACGCAAACGAUAACACGUAUAAGUGAAACUUGCAGAAAAAAAAAAAAAAAAAAAAAAAAAAAAAAGCUACAAAGUCCACAAACUCUCUUUCGACAAAUCGGUGACGUGAAAGAAUGGCGACCAUUCGCAGGCAGAUUACAUACACGGCCAAAGCUCCGGUCAGGCAGGGAAUAUACAGCCAAGCGGUGCUGGUGGACAGGACCUUGUACAUCUCCGGGCAGCUGGGGUUGGACGUGGCCUCCGGUCAGCUGGUCCAGGGAGGAGUGCAGGCUCAGGCUCGACAGGCUCUGGUCAACAUGGGGGAGAUCCUUAAAGCUUCAGGGUGCAACUACACCAACGUGGUGAAGACGACCGUCCUGCUGGCGGACAUUAAUGACUUUAAUGGCGUCAAUGAAGUCUACAAGACAUUUUUCAGCAGCAACUCCCCUGCCAGAGCUGCCUACCAAGUGGCGGCCCUCCCCCGCGGCGGCCUGGUGGAAAUCGAGGCGGUGGCGGUCGUCGGUCCUCUCGCCGACUCUUGACUAGACGGCCAUCUAACAAACAAGUUAUAGCGCAACCAUUUUCUCACAAAAUGUUUUCUAACAACACAUGAUGGCUGAGCUCGCGGAACCACUUUCACUGCUGGCUUUUGAUUAGAAAAGCCCACAUAAUGGACGGAAGCACUUAAUUUGACAGUUGUUUUGGACUGUGGUACAAUGUUAGGUGAGUUACACAAUUAACAAUGGCAAAUAAAAGAACCUGAGCAAGAAGUGUUUUCUUCAUUCCGGUG